AUGCUGCGAAUCAGCCGCGCGCUCCUGGCGGAGGUGACGACCAUAAACAGCACCACUGCAUCUGUGAGCGGUCGUCUCAUUCGCAUUCGAAAGAAGAGCAAGUGGAUCGAUCGACGUAGCACGCGUGUGCCGCACAACGGCAAGGACAUUUGGUACUUUGGCGAUCAGCCCAGCUGCGCGCUGUGCCAUGUGCGGUUUCGCUUCAAGCAGGACUACGAGGCACACAAAGAGAGCGAGCUGCAUGUGAACCGUCUUCGGUGGGUUGAGACGAUGGACUGGUGGAGGGAGACGGGUGAACCAGCCUACCUCAAGGCGUCCAACGAGGAGUGGGAGUGGUUUGAGCAGCAUGUGUUGCCCACAAAGGCGCAGGAGAUGGGCUGCACUCUAGACGAGGCGCGGCGCGUGUACCGGCAGGCUACCAUGACAGAGACCCCAACGUGGCACCGACUGCUUCAAUGCCCUACCGUGAGGCAGGAGGUGAAGGAGCCUCGUGAUCAGCGAUGGCCGGCUUCUCCGAAGUGGUAA